CGCAGGCGAGAGCGGCCCGCCCGGCCCCCGCGCCCGGCCCGCCAUGUCCUCCGCCAGGUUCGACUCCUCGGACCGCUCGGCCUGGUACAUGGGGCCCGUGUCUCGCCAGGAGGCGCAGACCCGGCUCCAGGGCCAGCGCCACGGCGUGUUCCUCGUCCGCGACUCGUCCACCUGCCCGGGGGACUACGUGCUGUCCGUGUCCGAGAACUCGCGGGUGUCCCACUACAUCAUCAACUCGCUGCCCAACCGCCGCUUCAAGAUCGGGGACCAGGAGUUCGAGCACCUGCCGGCGCUGCUGGAGUUCUACAAGAUCCACUACCUGGACACCACCACGCUCAUCGAGCCGGCGCCCAGGUACCCCAGCCCGCCGGUGGGCUCCGUGUCCGCACCCAGCCUGCCCACCGCGGAGGAGAGCCUGGAGUACGUGCGGACUCUGUACGACUUCCCUGGGAACGACGCUGAGGACCUGCCCUUCAAGAAGGGCGAGAUCCUGGUGAUCGUUGAGAAGCCGGAGGAGCAGUGGUGGAGCGCCCGGAACAAGGACGGCCGGGUGGGCAUGAUCCCCGUGCCCUACGUGGAGAAGCUCGUGCGGGCCUCGGCCCAGGGCAAGCCCGGGAACAGGAAUUCCAACAGCUACGGGGUCCCCGAGCCCGCCCACGCCUACGCACAGCCGCAGACCACGGCGCCCCCUCCUGCCGCCGGCGCCCCCGGGGCCGCCGUCAGCCCCCUGCCGUCCACACAGAAUGGACCUGUCUUUGCAAAAGCAAUUCAGAAACGCGUGCCCUGUGCUUACGACAAGACCGCCCUGGCCUUAGAGGUGGGUGACAUCGUGAAGGUCACGAGGAUGAACAUCAACGGCCAGUGGGAGGGCGAGGUGAACGGGCGCAAAGGGCUCUUCCCCUUCACGCACGUCAAGAUCAUCGACCCCCAGAACCCGGACGAGAGCGAGUGACCGCCGCCGCCCCGCACCUGCUGCUCGUCCUGCCCCUCUGUCUCCUCCCGCUGGGGCAGCCCCCCUGGGCAGGCCCCGCGCUGCCCGCCUCGGCUUUGCAGCGGCACCCCGCCCGGGCGUGCUCAGGGCUGCCCGCAGUGUAUCAUAGUUGUGUUGUCGCAGAGUAGCUGAUCUUAGAGUCGUUGGGCCGUGGACUGGAAACACUGGUGGAGGCGCACGGGGGCGAGAAGGUGCCCCCGGCCUGGACGCGCGGCGGCGGGGCUGUGCCCGGGGCGAGCGGAGCGCGGACUCUUCGGGAGAGGGACGCUGCCCUACACUCUCCACAUCUGGCUUUUGGUUUUCCUUUCUUUCCCGCCUCUGUUUGGUUUGGUUUUGGAAGGCUUCGUUAAUUAGACCUGUUUGUUCUGAAGAGGUGUUUAAGUAGCAGGUUGGGUUCUGUGAUAUCAGGGAUGCGCCGCUGUGCCCUUGGGGGCAGCACGGAUGGAGCCCCGAGGCAGAGGUCCUCCUGUCUGGAGCUGCCCUCCUGGCCCUGCGUUUCCCCGCUGCGCGCACAGCCUUCCGGACGACAUCAGCAAAGGCAUCAGAGCCGGGGGCUCACCCUGUCUGCUGGCAGAGGAGUGGCCUUUCCGUGAAGGCACCUCUGGAAACUAUGGCCCGGGUUUUCUCAGCAGUUGGAUUCACUCCAGAGCCUGUCGCCCACUCACCGAGCCCGGCUCUGCCUGGCCUCACGCUCGCCCGGCUGCCUGAGGGCGCGGGUGCUGAUGCUGGCUGCCCCCAGCAUGACCGUGUCGGGCCCCGGGCCCAGGAGGUGAGCCAGCGCCCACCCUGUGGUCGGUGUCCCCGUCGGAUACUCGAGGUCUGUUCACACGAUCCAUUCACACAAUCCCACAGUGCACGGCCAGCCGGGUAGACCCCCGCCCAGGCCCUGUGGCCUGCGGGCCCCGGUGAAGACAGGCCUCUGCUAGAACCAGCCCCGCCUGGGGUCGCAGCCUGAGAAGUCCUGUCCCCCGAGUCUGCUGUGGCCGGGGCGCGACCCCGGGGUCGGGUCAUGAGGGUGGGGGCAGUUUCUCCGGGGUCGGAACCAGCCGGCCCCUGCUCUCGGGCUCGCUCUUAGCUCUGCGGUCGGGGCUGGCCGGUGCCUCCAGUCUCCGUCUCCGUGGCUUCCUGAGAGGCUGUGCUGGGCGCGUCUUCAUCCUGGGUGCCGUGGCCGCUCCGCCCCAGGCUGCCCAUCGCCGCUGCCUCACCCGUGGCCGGUGGGGUGGCCGUGCCAGGACCCCUGCCCUCUUCCUGGGGCUGACAGGCGCUGUGUCCUCACCCGGUGCCUGUCUCCGGGGCUGCCCUGAGAUUCGGAGCCCAAGCGGACUGAGAGCUGCACGCUCUGGACGUGGGCCAAGGCAGGGCCUCUGUGACUCCGACCCUGUUAGCUUUUAAUCGGGGAAACACUAAGCACACGGGGGACGGCUGCCCGCCGUGCCCUGGGGCUCUGAGAAGACUGCACAGGAGACCGGAGUCCUCGGAGGCGCCACCCCCGGAGCCUGCCCUGCGUGUGUCCCUCCGGACUGUGGGUGUCUCAGCAGCUCACCUGGACGUGGCCCUGGGCUCACCCUGGGGCAGGCCCUCCCAGGACCCCUGCCCGCCCGCUCCGCCCGGAGACACAGCCCAGGAGGGGCCCCCGCGGCCAGGCCGUGUGCUCAGAGGGCGUGAACAUCUCACUUGGAAAAGGGAUGCUGUCGAGCCAGGGGGUUAUAAUUUAAUCCUUUAAUGUCGUGUUCAUUAACCUCUUAGAACGAGUCCUGAGUGCUCUCACGUGGAGCGCGCGCGAGACACCCCAGGUUCCCCCACGGCGUCUGGGGCUGGAUGCGCCCGCGGCGGAGGGUCCCCCGAGCCAGGCCAGGGCUCUGCAGGAGGAGCAGCGGCCUUGCCUCUCAACGGCCGUCACUGUGUGUUUGACAGUAACAGCCACACGACACAGACUCUUUGACCUGUAACUUAAAGAUCGUAAACUUCAGGCAAUAAUACUUUCUGUGUAAGCUUUUAAAAUUAUUUUUGGGGAUCAUAGCUUGUUUUAUUUUGUGCUAUAAAAUUAACAGUAUUAAAUGACUUAUAUUCUUAGAAUACAUGGAGUGUCUUUUCUUAACAGGUCAGUGCCUUUUUAUUUUUGUAUCCGUUUGCGUUGCUGGUCCCAGCCUCAGACCCUUGUUUCCAUGGCCUGUCUGUACAUCGUCUCAAUAAACGUGCACCGCCGCUGGUGGCCCUGCUCUGUGUCGG